AUGAUUACUAAGGGAAAGGAGUCGUCUUCAUUCAAAGAGGCGGUUAAAUACGUCGGUUGGCGUAAAGCUAUGCAAGAUGAGAUUGAUGCUCUCGAAUGCAAUGUCACAUGGACCGUUGAGGAUCUUCCUCCCGGCAAAAGAGAAAUUGGUAGUGGCUGGGUUUACAAAAUUAAGUACACCGACAGAUCAAAGGUGGAACGUCUCAAGGCUCGUUUGGUUGUUCAUGGCAACCGUCAAGUGGAAGGUGUUAAUUAUAAUGAGACGUUCGCUCCUGUUGCAAAGAUGGGUACGGAACGUAUUCUAUUAGUUGUUGCUGUGUCAUUAAAUUAG